AUGGCGCGUUCGCUCGUGCUGGCACUGGCGCUUGUAGUGGCGCUGUCUUAUGUGCCCCAGAGCCAUGCCCUGCUGAACAACACCAUCACGCAAUGGGUCAACGCGACUCGUGAGGUCGCGCGGGUGCAGGGCCUGCCCAACACCCUGGCCAUUCAGGAGUACGCGUUUGUCAGUGUGGCCAUCUACCGCGCCCUUGAGGCUGGCGGCGCCCCUGAGGAUCUGCUGGCAGCCUACGCCGCCCACACGACGCUGUCCACCCGGUUCCCCGUGCUGCAGCCCAAGUUUGACGCGCUGCUGAAGGCCCAGGUUGCCGGGCGCUCUCAGGCAGACCUUGAUAAGGCGCGCGCCGUGGCAGCGCCGAUCGCGCAGGUCCUCAUCAUCGAGAGGGUGGACGACCCGGCCGUAAAGUACCUGCCUUACAAGAGCAAGCCCGCAGGCACCCCUUACGCCUACCAGCUGCAGCCCGGCCAGACGUUUGUGCUCGCGCCGCAGCUGGGGGAUUCGAUCCCUUUCGUUUGGCCGAAGGACAAGCUGCGCGCAUUCACCGAGAACAAGGACCCGGCUAAGGGCAAGGUGUUUUCGCCCCCCAAGGAGCCCGCCGAGCUUGCGACCGUGGUCGAUCUGGGCGCGAGGGUGUCCAAGGGCCGCACCAAGUUCGACAACGACACCGCCUUUUUCUGGGCACUGGGCGCUGGCCUGGGUGGCGGCUCCAGCUCUGUUUCGGGACUCUGGCUGGAGAUCGCGCAGCGCGUGCUGCCGGUGACUCUGUCCCUCAAGGAGACUGCCCUGAUCCAUGCCAAGAUCACGACGGCGUUCUACGACGGAUACAUCGCUUGCUGGCAGGUAAAGUACAGGACUGAUUUCUGGCGCCCCACCACCGCUGUGCGCCAGGGCUGGCCGGGCUUCGCCGGCAUCAAGGACUGGCAGCCCAACCUCGCCAACCCCAACUUCCCGGAGUACCCCAGCGGCCACCAGUGCGCGUCCGGCUCGGCGCUCGCGGUCCUCCAGCGCUUCCUGGGCAAGGACGCCGCCAAGUUCACCAUCAUCAGCGACGGUGCCCCUGACAUCGGCCCCCGCAGCUACACCUCCCUGCAGGCCGCCGCCAACGAGGCCGCGGACAGCCGCCUGUUCGCCGGGCUGCACUUCAACCGCAGCAACUACGACGGCCAGGACCUGGGGCGGCUCGUGGCUGAGUAUGUGUACGACAACUUUGAGAAGUCCCCUGCGGUGGUGGGCAAGGCCCAGGCCGCGUGCGCGAGCCCCACCCUGCUGGGCAGCAAAGUCGCCGCAGCCGCUGCCGGCAACGCCUCCGCGAGCGACGACGCCCCUGCGGCCGAGGCUGAUGCCAAGGCGAGCGACAAGGAGGCGGCCGCUGACGGCGCUGCUGCUGACACCGCCAAAGCUCCGGCGGCCGGCGGCGCUGCCGCUGACACUGCUAAGGCCCCAGCGGCCAGUGGCGCUGCUGCCAGCAAGGCCAGCGGUAAGGACGCCGCAGCUGGCGGCGCUGCGGAUGCCGCGAAGCCCACGGCGGCGGCCAAGGCCACCGCUGGUGGCCGUCGUCUGCUGGCCAGCUACUGA